AUGCUGUUUGAUAUUCUUCUAACAAUUUCGGAUGUAGUGGAAACUCAACCAAUCAACGAACAGAAUGUUCAUUGGAGAAAUAGUAUUUUUGCCAUCAUUGAUUCAUCUCAUCUUUCCACAUUUAUAAUUGCUCUUAUUCUCAUCAUUUAUGGAAGUUACCGAGCGUUAGAUCUCGAUAAAUCGAAAGAUUCUUUACUACCAAGCAAGUUUCUCUCGGAAUCGCAAAGCAAUGAACAAGUUCCACAUUCGCAUGUUAUCGAAACAGUGCACGCUAUUGCACUUCCUCUUGGUGCAUCGAUAUCCUUAAUUAUCAUGUUUUUCUUCUUUGAUUCACUUCAAACAGUCUUCAUUAUUUGUACAGCGAUUUUAGCAACAAUGGGCUUUGCUUAUCUUCUUACACCCUGCUGUCAAAUGAUCCUUCGGCCAUUCUCUGAUAAUACUAACAUUUUCGGCCGGUAUACAUUGUCCGAAAUUGUUGCAUUCAGUCUAUCCGUUGCCCUUGUCUUAGUAUGGAUUGUUACCGGACAUUGGUUAUUCAUGGAUGUCAUUGCAACAGGGUUAUGCAUAUCGUUUAUCGCUUUGGUUCGCUUGCCGAAUUUGAAAGUGUCGGCGUUAUUACUACUUGGUCUCGUUAUUUAUGAUGUUUUUUGGGUGUAUUUCUCUCAAUAUAUCUUUACAACAAAUGUUAUGGUUCGUGUUGCAACUCGUGAAGCAGAAAAUCCAUUGGCAACUAUAGCAAGACGAUUCAAUUUCAAUCGAUAUCGAGCGCCAAGACUUUCACUGCCUGGUAAAAUUGUUUUUCCCAGUAUGCAACAACAAGGCCGAUUUUCAUUGUUGGGUCUUGGAGAUAUAAUCAUGCCUGGACUUGUUCUUUGUUUCGUUUUACGAUUCGAAUCUCGAAAACGAACAAAUAAUUUGUACAAUAACGAUCCGUUGUCUUUAAUCAAUCGUUUAACAUAUUUUCAGUGUUCGUUAAUCGGCUAUUGUGCAGGUUUAUUGACAGCGACUAUUUCUUCGGAAGUAUUUAAAUGUGCUCAACCAGCACUUUUGUUUCUCGUUCCAUUUACAUUAAUACCAUUGCUGUUAAUCGCCCAUUUAAAAGGCGAUCUGAACUCAAUGUGGUCGGAUCCAUUUGCUGAGAAUGGCGACAUGUCAUCUUCAUCGUGCAAAUUACUAAAUGUUUAA